AUGGCUAACACCGGCUACACCUCCCCGUUCCCAACUUCUCAUGACACAAUCGGACAGUCAACACUGGUGACACCGCUCUUCAUGCCAUCUUCUCCUCCACAACAAACAACCAGUCCACCCGAGUCUCCGCUCCCCGCCGAUAGCCCCAUCUCCGAGCGCUUUCGUCACGAAGACCACGAACAUGCGAGUGAUGAUGAACAACACGCUGCCAAUCAGGCUAUAAACCACUCUCGCCCAUCAACACCAGGAAGCCCGACUGGCUCGGAUCUGGACGCUCGUCUUGCCGAGUACACACUGGACUUUAGCCAAUUCCCGAGCGGCCAGUUCUCAGAUGGAAAAGACGAUAACCUGCCCGACUUGAAGGAGCUCGCGGAAGACGAUCUUUCUGAUGUUGGCGGCCCAGAGGACUUCACUGCAAAUAUGGAGAAGUACUUGUUGGGCGAUGGAAUGUCGAGCGUGCGCAAAUUGACCGCACACCGUGACUCGGGAUCUGCGUCGCGUCACAACUCGCUCAAGUCAAGACAACCGGCCGUUGAGGAGGAGGUCGAGCAAAAUGACGAUAGUGAAUUUGGACCGCCAGUUGACAUGUCCACUCCUUCCCAUAUGCUCCACAGGACCAGUGCUCUUGCAAGAGACUCCACUCAGCUGGAAGAUAUCGAAGAAGAUCCGGCUGAUGGUUUGUCGAGCCCAGCAUCCCCGUCCUUGAGGAAACUCUCGGACGCGUCAGAGCACCACCCUGAAGAGCACGAGGACUGGGAGGUGCGAUUGCAUCGUCGCAUCGCCCACUUGGAGGAGGAGCUUCGUGAUCGCGAUGAGCAAAUCCAGAAGAACCGCAAUCGACUGCUUGAGGCCGCUUCAGCAGGAGAGCAAAUCCGGCAUCUUCAGGCUGAGCUGCAGCGUAAGAAUGAUUUGAUUGAGGAGUUUGAGAACCUGGGUGGUGAUGAGGCUGUUCUCCGUGAACAGGUGGAGUCACUGCAAAAGCAAAACGCUGAACGGGAACGGCUCCUCCAACAGUCCACCACCCAUAAUCCCGAUUUGAGCGUCCUUCAAAAGCAAAUGCACGAUAUGCAGCAUCAAAUGCAGACCCGGGACUCUCAGAGUUCCCUGGACGCUGAACGGCGGGAGACCAUUGCCCACCUGCGUCAGCAGCUAAACCACACUCAAGAGCAAUUAAAGAAGCGGGAUAUAACUCUCGAAGAGACGAUGCAAAAACUGCGAGAAGUAACCCAGGCCAGAGAAUUGCAAGUUGACGAGAAGAAUGCCGAGAUUGACAGGCUCAAGGUAGAGAUUGACGAUCAAGCCCUGGAGAACGCAAGAUUGGAGACCGAGAUUGACCGUGUCAACGCCGAAUAUCAAGCACUCGAGGAUCGACUCACUGCCCUGGAGACAAAGAAUCAGCCUCUCGAAGACAAGAACAGCUCGCUGGAAGACAGAAAUACCUCUCUUGAAGCCGAUCUAAGCCGUGUGCAGUCCCAAGUGGAGGCCCAAGAGAAUGCGCUUAGGGCUGCAGCAGCCGACCUACCACUCGGCAACCGAAGUACCUACAGCGAAAUCCUCGACUUGAUCAAGGAUCUAGGACAUUCUGAACCCAACUCACCGUUGAAAGAGAAAUUCCCAGACGACCUUGAUGUGCCGCUUGACCUUGAUGUUCAGCAACUGGGCCAUGAACUCACCCGACUUCAACAAGAACUUGAAAAAGCCCAGGCUGCCCAGAAGGCCGCAGAGGCCGAAGUCAACCGCCUCCAAGACCAAGCUGCUGAAUCUCAAAUCUACAUCACCACUGUCGAGGCAGAGAACGCGCGCCUUGCAACAAGAGUGCAGGAACAGAGCUCAGCCCUCACCAAAACCCAGCAAGAGUUGACCCGCACACGAGAGGAGCACGCAGAGUCUCUGGACACCGUCGCUCGUCUCCAAGAGGAAGCCCCCGGCCAACCACCCAGCCCAACCCCGUCACCACCAACAGCCCGUGAUGCCCUCAACACAGAGCCAGCCGUGGACACCGCUGCUCUGGAAGUAGUCCACCAAGACCAAAUCCGAAGCCUCCAAACCGCCCACUCAACCGCAAUCUCCACCCUACGCACCUCCCACGCAGAAUCCAUGCGCAAAAUUCGUAACAUGCUCACAACAGCCGAGCAACGCGAAGCAGAGCUCCGAACAGACCUCACCACUCUGCGCACUUCAGCCUCAACCCAAGAGUCCCAGCUACGCAAGACCUUCAAAUCCGAAAUCAGGCACCUCGAAGCCAUCAUCGCCGCCAAGGACGAGACUGCCGCCGCAGUCGACGAGCGCAUUGCCCUGUCCGUGGAAAAGCGAGAGCGUGAAUGGGAGCGCCGUAUUGAUCUCCUCCUCAAGGAACGUGAUCGCAUGGCCAAGGCGCUGAUGAUGUACUGGGGAGAGAAAGAGAUGGGCCGUGGACCUGGUGUCCUGGCCGAAGGCAAGGAGAAUCGGCGUCGGGAUGGAGAUCGGACAGAUUCGAAGUCUGGCCAGGUGUAUCGGUACAAGUAUGCCGAGAAGCAUGGAGAGAAAUCGGAGAAGCGGAGGACUAGGAGUGGGGAGAAGAAGGUGUAG